AACUUGUUAAACCCUUUUGUUGUCUCGUUCUAGAAUCUGUUGCUUACUUCUUUCACCAUUUCAGAUUUCGACAUGGCGGCUUUCUUAAGGAGAGUUGCAAGGUCCACUCCGAUCGGAUUCGGCGCCCAUUCCAAAUCCUCCCGUUCCAAUUUCCACCUACCCUUCACUGCUAUCGCCGCCAUUUCCGGCGGAUUCUCUUACCUUUACUACUCUUCCUCUCCUAAUCUGGUUCACUCAGAUCAAAUUGGAGAUGAGGAUAUUAAAACUAAAAAUAUCGCACUGAUUCCUGAUAAAUGGGUUGAAUUUAAGCUGCAAGACACUGCUAGGGUCAGUCAUGAUACCCACUUAUACAGGUUUUCGUUUGAUCCCACUAAAAAGUUGGGUCUGGAUGUUGCUUCUUGCAUUCUUACAAGGGCUCCAUUCGGACAAGAUGCUGAAGAAAAACCAAAAUAUGUCAUUCGUCCGUAUACUCCUAUAUCAGAUACAGAAUCCAAGGGAUAUUUUGAUUUGUUAAUCAAGGUGUAUCCCGAAGGAAAAAUGAGCCAGCAUUUUGCAAGCUUAAAACCAGGUGACAUGGUUGAAGUGAAAGGGCCCAUAGAAAAGUUCAAAUAUACUCCUAAUAUGAAGAAGAAUAUUGGCAUGAUUGCCGGUGGCUCAGGAAUUACUCCUAUGCUUCAAGUAAUUGAAGCUAUAUUGAAGAAUUCUGACGACAAGACCCAGAUAUCAUUGAUCUAUGCUAACGUUUCCCCAGAUGACAUACUGCUUCAACAGAAACUUGACAUUUUAGCAAAAAGUCACCCAAACUUAAAGGUAUUCUACACUGUAGACAAUCCAACAAAAACUUGGAAAGGAGGUGCAGGUUACAUAUCGAAAGAUAUGGUUGUGAAAGGAUUACCUGCUCCUAGUGAUGAUACUCUUGUUCUUGUGUGUGGUCCCCCUGGAAUGAUGCAACAUAUAUCUGGUGAAAAGGCCAAGGAUUGGACACAAGGAGAGGUAUCUGGCAUACUCAAAGAGGCAGGGUACACUGAACAAAUGGUUUACAAAUUUUGAGACUUUUUUGUUUCUAACAUUUGAAGUGUGCAUGUCAAAGCACAAACGGAUUGUUAAAGUGGGUUUUCGCCUUUUCGGAAGAAAAAAACAGUUAGAUACAGCUGAAAAUUCGAACAUAAAAUAAAUCUAGAAUGACAGAAUAGAUAAUUAUUCAUUUGUAUGUCCGGAUCUUUAAAAUUUUGUAGCGUGGAUGUCAAUAAAAGGCAUUUCGUGGGGGUAAACUUCUCCCAAUCACUUGUGUCUUUCAAAA